UUAGGUUGAACCGUUGAAGCGUAUAGUUUUUGAUUACUCAAAAAAAUUCAAGUGUUUCAGGUAAGGGGUUCUUUUCUUGUUGAAGGGUUUUCACAGUCAAAGGUGAAAGAUGUUGAUUCUUUGUCCAACCAAAGGGCAAAGAGGCACAACUAAAAACAGAUAAACCCCAAAAAUAAGCAACCAAGAAACUUAUAGACAUUGUGUCAAACCAAUACUGUCUAUAAUAAGUAAAACAAAAUCUUUCUUUCACCCUCAUAUUUGUUUCUAAACCUUCUCAUUCCACAAAAUCUUAAAGAGAGACGAAGAAGAUGGAUUCUGGACUAUCAUGGGCUGAUCAAUGGGAUUACAACUCUGAUCCUCCUCCAAAUUCAAGUAACGAAGACGAUAAGAAGAAGAAGAAGAAGAAGAAGAAGGAAGAUGGAAGCAAAAGCGGUAUCGGGAAGGCCAUACUUGGAUUCAAAUGGAUGAAACUUGGCAAGAAAUCUGAUAAGUAAUCAAUAGGUUAUUUGUUUAGUUACAAAAGGGUUAUUGAUUCAUCUGUUCCUUGUGAUUAAUCCAUUAAGUUCUGCUUCUCUCUUUUAACCAUUCUUCUGAUUGUAAUUGUUAAAUCUUUAACAUUUAGAAAGUUCGUUGGUUGCGGUUGAUUGUGUAUUUAUAUUUUUGUUGGUGAGAAUUUAAUAGCGACCAGGAAUUGUGUUUUUGUUUUAUUAAAGGUGUA